AUGCUUCUCUCAAUUUUUAUAUUCCUCCUGAAGAUUCCCUACAGUAACCAUCAAACUGUCUCCUAUGUGGCAGCAUCCGUAAAUCCACCCCAUGGAUGUCCGAAUUUUGGACUAUGCACUUCUGUGACAACUACACUGAUUUCCAGUACAAAUGUGUCUACAGUAUACGAGUACGGUUGUGCACCGGACAAUUGUUGGUGUAUUGAUGGAACUACAAACGGGACCUUGCCUUGUGAUACGAUCGAAGACCAAUGUAGUGGUGAUCCUUGUGGAAAUCCAACCAAUUUCCUAUGCACUUCGAAAAUCGACGGUCACGAAUGUUCCUGUCAACCAGGCUUCACCGGAUCCAAUUGUGAUUCAGAAGUCGGAACGGUUUGCGCUUCGGCACCCUGCCGAUCAGGUGCCACUUGCCAAGUGUCAGAUAACUCGACAACCGGAUACACCUGUAAAUGCACUGAUAAGCAAUUUGGAGAUAAUUGUGAAUUCGACAAAAUCUGUGCAAUUGCAAAGUGUUGGAAUGGUGGAAACUGCUCAAGCAUUCUAGACGAUUCUAAUUACUACUGUACAUGUCCAGAUGAUUGGCAGGGGAGAAAGUGUGAAGUAGCAAAUACGAUUAAGGUGGCCCCGGUAUUCGAUGGAUGCUAUAAAUAUGAUUAUGUAACGAUUGGAGCACUACAAACAAAAUACAGUGAUAAUCAGAUGACAUCUGCGAAAUGCAAUAAUUUCGCGCAGACUCAGAGUAAAACCAUGAACUAUUUGACAAUCUGCGGUCAAUGGUGCAUGGUAUCUGAAUCCCCAAUUGCAAAUGACACUUCAAAUAUGAACAAUGAUUGUAAAACUCCAUGCGGUGGAAAUAGUUCAGAAUAUUGUGGAAAAUUGAACCAAAGAUGUAUUGUGUAUGAAGCAGGGACUGUUGAAAUGGACCCGAACCCCUGCACCAACACGUCUCUAUGCAAUGCGGACAUUGGAAAUGGGGUGUGCGUGAAUUGGGCGGAUACCGUAACCGAUGGAUACGCAUGUGCUUGUGGACCGUUUUGGACGGGAAGAGAGUGUGAUACCCCUGUCCCACCAGCUUGUGACCCAAGUCCGUGUAUCAAUGGGACAUGUGUCACCAACCAGCAGUAUAAUAAAUAUACAUGCGAUUGUGAUCCCGGAUUCUUUGGAACAGAGUGUCAAUAUUCCGAUGUGUGCACAGCUUCUACAUGUCUGUACGGUGGGACUUGUGAAGAAACCAACAAUGGAGGAUACAAAUGUGAUUGCUUAGAUCCCUAUUUCGGGAAUAAUUGUGAAGAAAUCAACCGUUGCGAUUACGGUGAUCCGUGUGUGAAUGGAAAGUGUACAACUACAGUAAACGGGAUCACUCCGGAUUUCACAUGCGAUUGUGAUGAUGGAUGGACUGGUGUCAAUUGUGAUACAACUAUGCCAUCCGGAGCAACACAUUGGCCCCCGGCACCAUCGGAAGCAGAAACGAAGGAGAAACGAAGCCUUUUAGCAAAUAAACGAGACAUAAAGAUGACUUACUCCGGUUUCUUUGUUUUGAGAAUGGGAAAGAAGAAGAAGGUGGGAGAGAAGGGAUCUGCUUGA